AUUCUUAGUGUUAUAUUUACAGAGAGAGGGGACGAUGAUACACAUUCGCAAUAAAAACGAACUUAAAUGUUUCGACCAUUUCAUUGGUUUUAGAUCAUGAAAGAAAAAAAUCUGUAAUUUGGCCAAACCACACAUUGAUUUGUCUGCCCUGUCCAACUCAAAUUUUUUGGUCGGAUGUCUACCUCUCAACUCCGGUUUGCCAAUGUUCGAGGUUACAGCGAAUGUGGGGGCAGAAAGUGGGCAUGGGGGUGUAUAUCAUACAGAUUUGCACUCGUCAACUUCGUCACUUCAUUUUUAAAGCGAAAAAACAACUUAAAAAGAAAGAAAGAGUGAGUUAAUAUUGGUAGCUAAAACAUUGUGAAAUAUUAAUUUCUCUACGAAACUUUGAAAAAUCGGGAUAAAAAAUUUUUCAGCAAUAACUAUCGAAUUAUCUAACACAUUUACAAUAGUUACUUGGGUUUCGAUGCAUAUUGUCCUACAAAUUUUGUAAUAUCAUCUAUACAAAAAAUUUUCAAAUAAAUUAAUUAUAUCUGCUCAUGACAGACUCACAGAUUCUACUUCCAAUAAUGACAAUUAAAGGACAUGAAAUGGACAAUACAUUACAUAUGGAUGAAUCAGUAGAUAAUGAAAAUUAUAUCGGUGAUUCAUGUGACAAUUUAGAUGAUGAUAAUAUAUCAUUUACAUCGAAUGAUCUAUCACAGAAGGUUAAUCAUCAUGAAAAUGAACAUGAACAUCAAGACACCCGUGAUCAACAUCAAUUCAAUGUUCAACAACAACAACAACAACAAAACUCUCCUUAUAAUCUUGAAAAUGAAGAUGGUCCUGAAACACAUAAUUCUGACGAAAUAUCAUCUAAUAUUAAUAUGACUGACAUUAAAAUGGAUACAAUGGAAGACAUGGAAAAAGAUGAUAAUUCUAUGAAUACUUAUCAAGUCAAUAGUAAACAACAAUUUAAUGACAAUCAAUCAUCGAAUUGUCACCAACAAUUGACAAAAAUUAACAAAUUAUCCAAUAGUUCAACUAGUACUAACACAUCAACAAAUACUACUACUGCCACGAAAGCAUGUGCUAAAAAGUCGUUUGUAUGGAAAUAUUUUCAUCAUCCUGAAAUAAAACACGGUAUACCAGAUCGCAGUCGAACACAAUGUGUUCUAUGUGAUAGUCAAUUAGCUUUUAAUGCAUCAGGCACAACAACCACUAUGUUAAAUCAUUUAAAAAGUCGUCAUGGGGAAAUCGCUGAACAAGAAGAGACAUUACGUCGACUUAAUCGUGAUUCAAGAAAGAAUCAACUACGUAAUAUGAUUUUAUCAUCUAAUGAUUGUAAAUUAUCACCAACUAGUAUAAACAGUAAUAGUACAAUAAUAAAGAAUGAAAUGAUUAAUUCAUUUAAUGAAAAUACACAAACUAUACGAAAUUUAUCAACAAAUCUUAUAAAUGGUAAUAAUAAAUACAAUCGUGGUACAUUAUCAGUUGGUCAACGUGGUCGGCCUCCAGGUUCAGGAAGAAGACAAAAAUCUAUGAAUUGUUCCAAAUUAAAUGAGAAUGUGGAUUUUUUAAAUCAAGAUACUAUAACGAAUGGAAAUUUGAAAGUGGAAGGAAAUGCAGUUUAUCCAGUUACAAAUUAUCAGACAACAUUGUCUGAUCAGCAGAAAGCUUUCUUGAAUGAAAUGUUACUGUCAGCCGCUGCAGCAGUAUCUGCAUCAACAGUCAGUGUAUCAAAAAGUGAUAAUCGAUUGAAUGGAAGCUUCAUUAAUCAAACAUCAUCACCUACAGCAACUUCAUCUCCGUCGUUUUUUGCAUCACCUACAUUACUAGGACAAUUACCGUCAAAUGAUUCAAAUCCUACAAAAUCACCAUUUACAUUGUUGAAUAAUAUUACGGGACUACCAAAUAUACCGUUUCAACUACCAGUGAAUACGUCACAAAUAAAUUGUUCAUCUGGAACGACAACAUCAAUAUCAACAUCAGGUAUUCAUGAAUUAUCACCAUCAUCCAGUUCUGGUCUGGGUUUAAGUAGUGUAAAUAGUCCAUUUGAAACAUCAACAAUUACAGCCACUACAUUGGCUAACACUGUCUUCAUGUCAUCACCAUCAUCCUCUUCCUCGCCUACUAAUUCUCUGGGAUAUCGUAGUAUUACAUCACCAGGUGGUUGUAGUAGUGGAGGACAAUCAAAUAUUAAUAUAAGAAAUAAUCUAUUGUCGAAUAUGCGAACGACACAUAAAAGUCAAGAAUUCAAUCAUUUACAUACAAAUAAUAUUCUGAUGAAUGGACAAUCUUUAAAUUUGAUGGAUUCCUGUAAUAGCGGUAGCCAAGAAGUUACAAAUUUACCAUUGAACAUGCAAAAUAUAACCCAAGAUAAAGAAAAAUUCUUGAAUUUAAGUAAUGAGAACAAUGAGAAUAUUUUUAAUUUAACACAAUUGAAUAAAACAUCAAAUUCCUCUACUAUAUUAUCAACUGGAAUCAAUAACAAUAGUAUUAACUCAUUACCCAUGUUAAAUUGUCCAUCAGAUAUGAUGAUGUCAGCUUUGGGUAAUUUUGUUCAUUUAAUGCCAUCUGUUAAUAAUUUAUUAACUGAAACUACUACUAACAAUUUUGCAAAUAGUAGUAUGAAUAAUGGCACAACAAUGAAUCGAAUUGAUGAAAUCAAUCAAUCAAAUCAUUUUACUAAUCAUUUAUCCAAAUCUAUGUUACAAUCAAUAUCUCCUCAACAUCAACAUCAACAACAAUUAUUAGUGGCAAAUGCAUGGUUAACUAAUUUAACAAAUGGGAAAUUUUCAAAUUAUCCUAAUAAUUUAAUAGAUCCAUGUGUUAUGUUUAAUUUAUUAAAUUUAAAUUCUAAUACAACAGGAAAUAAAUUAAAUAAUGAAAUUUCAAAUAUUUUACCAUCAACAGAUUUAAAUUGUUCAGAAAAUUUAAAAUUUAAAACAAAUACUACUGAUUUAAAUUCAGUAAAUAUCAAUUCAAUAAAUUCUGAUAAUAAUAUCAAUACUACUAAUAUUACUACUAUUAACAAUAAUAUAACUUAUCCAAUAAAUUGGUCAAAUUUUAAUAAUUCAAUACCUAUCAAUGUAAAUAACUUAAAAAUAAAUAAUAAUAAUAAUAAUAAUAAUAAUGAAAUAAGUCACCCAGCAACAAGUAUAUUCAAUAAUUUCACUCCAUCAUUUCAAUUAAAUAAUAAUAAUGAAACAGUGAUAGGUAUGAAUUUAACAAAUAAUCAACAAAUACAAUUAAAUAAAUAUAUACAAGAUGGUAAUACAAAUGUUUUCACUUCAUCAUCAUCACCAUCAUCGUCGUCGUCGUCAUCAUCGUCAUCAUCAUCAAUGAAUAAUGAAGUUAAAAGUUAUCCAUUAAUGUCGAGAAUUUCACUUAGUAAUAAUAAUAAUAAUAAUAAUAAUAAUAACAAUAAUAAUAAUAAUGGUUAUGGUAAUAUUAAUAACAGUAAUAAUAUGUCUUGUUUAUUUCCUAAUUUAACUUAUCCAUCAUUGGGACAAGAUAAAUUUUCUUACAUGAAUACAUUACCUUUUAUGAUGAAUGGUAUUAAUAAGGUAUUAGAUAUGAAAAAUCAAGAAAUAACAGAUCUUUCAUUAGAUUUAUCAACAACAUCUACAACUAUCAAUAAUAAUAAUAUUGAUAACAAUGGAGUUACAAUGGUUACUAACUCUAAUAAUAAUAAUAUAGAUGGUAAUGACUAUAAAUACAAUAAUCAAACAAAUGAUUGUAAUUUUGACAUCAUUAAAAAUAUAAAAACUAAUGAUACUAAAAAUUGUAUUUUAGAUAUGAGAUCAAAUAAUCAAUUAAUGAAUGAUAAAUAUUCAUCUAUUGAACAACAAAUGAUUAAUUCAUCAUUAUAUUCUUCAACAAAUUAUACAGUAUCAACAAAACGUAAACGAUCACGUCCUGUUUAUAUUUCACCAGAAAAAGAAUUAAAACGCAGUUCUAUUGAAUCUAAUCAAUCAUUUGAUGGUGAAGAUAUGAAAAUGAAAAGAUAUCAAACAGAAAAGACCAAUUUAAGUAUAAAUAACCAUAAUAAUACUGAUUCGUGUAUUGAUGAUAAGAAAUCCUGUUGGAAAAUAAAACAGAAUGUACAAAAUAUAUCUGAACAUGUUAUUGAAGAACAUGACAGUGAUGAAGAGCACAGAUUGACUAUUAAUCAGUCAUCAUCACGUUCGUCAUCAUCAUCUUCUUCAUCAUCAAUGUCAUUGACGAGAAAUACAUUCAUGCAGUCGAAAUCAAAUAAUACGGUAACACGUAAUCAAUUAUCGUAUCAUGUUGCUCAGUAUUUAAUUAAAGAUAUGAAACCUCCUGAGACAAUCGAUGGAGAAGGUUUUCGGAAACUUUUGUCAUUAUUUACAAAUCAUAAAUUACCAACUAUAAAAGAAAUUUCUGAAAUAACAUUCCCUGAAUUAUAUACUGAAAUAGAAGAUCAUCUUAAUGAAUUACUUGACAAUAGAAUGAUACAAUCUAAUUCAUUUAAUCCUGCAUUCAGUUUUUCAAUUGAAUUAUGGAAUACGAUAAAUAAUGAUAAUAAUAAUAAUAAUAGUAAUCUAUCUAAAGAUUGUAUAGUCACAGAAAAUAAGCAACAGUUUGCAAACAUUGGUAUUCAUUACAAUUCUAGUCAACCAACAAUAACACAUAAUUAUUUAUAUAAAUCUGUACAAAAUCCAAAUCGUACAAAUUUACUUGAAGUUAUGGAUAAAUGUCGACAACAUUUACUGUCUAAACUUCAACUUACAACAAAUGAAAAUAUGUCAGGAAUUUCAUCAACAUCUAUAGAAGUAAAUACAAUUACUACUACUUCUACAACAUCACCAUCAUCAUCAUUAUCAUCGUCUGAGAUUACAUCAAUGGGGUAUUCCGAUAAAAAUAAUAAUAUUAAAACACCGGAACAAUCUCAAUCACUAAUGAAAGUUAUGCAAUGGCCAGUACCUGUCAUAACUAAUGAUGUUGAAUUUUUAAAACAUUUAAUUGAUGAAACCGAAUCAAAUAUUAUUAUAUUACCAUGUCUGGUAUCAGAAUUAUCGAAAGCUUUAUUAGUAGGACUCAAUACUGAUAUAAUUCGAAACUUAAUAAAGAAUCUAUUAAAAGUGUAUCAAUAUAAAACAAUGAAAAAUAUAACAGAAUAUUCUGUUAACAAGCUUAGUUUAGAUGAAGUGAAAAAGUCAAAUUGUUGUAAAGCUGUUUAUGAUUUAUUAAACUGGUAUCUAAAUGAGUAUUCUGUUGAUAAAGAUAAUAGUGAAAAUAAAAAUGAAAUUAUCAUUAAUGGUGACAAGGAGAAUACAAAUGAAAAUGAUCUGGAUGAAAUUGAUUUACAAAAUGUAAAAGGCAUCAUUUCUGUCUUCGAUACAAUCGGACAAACUUUGGAGUUUAUCCACAAGAAAGAUCUAAUUCUAACUGGUUCAAUGAUCAAGCCAAUAUUAACAAAUUUAUGUGACAUACGUCUUGCACAUGAAUCAUCAAAUUUAACUAUAGUUGAAGAAUUCAAAUCAACAAUUGUAUCUUAUUUAAUGAAUUCUUUCCCUAAUAAUGGUGCCAUUUAUGAAACAUUAUGGAUUGCCAGUUUAUUGGAUCCACGUUUCAAAAGUCAAGUGCAGGAUAAAAAACCAACAGUGAUUAAAUUGUUGAGAAUGAAGGUUGACGCCAUGUUCACCCAAUCUCCUACUAGUAACGUCUGUAAUAAUACACCUAAAUCAAAUUCUGAUAAUCAAUUACCAACUGAGACAACAACCUCUUCUGUUGACUCAACUACCAUAUCAAACAAACAUAGUGGAUUAGAAACUGUAUUUGGUUUAAAUUAUUUUCCACGUACAUCUCUAUCUGAAGUUGAUCGUUAUCUUCGUGAAGAUCCUAUUGGUUUAGAAGAAGAUCCUUAUAAAUGGUGGCAAACAAAAUCAUCUAAUUAUCCAAAUUUAUCUUUAUUAGCUAUGUAUUAUUUAGCUAUAUCAUUGAUAUGUAUUACACCAGAACGAUUAAAAUCAUUAGAUCAUUCUGAAGCUAAUAAUCAAUCUAAUCCAGAUAUUAAAUUAAAUUUAUUAACAUCAAUAUAUGGUAGCAAAAAUAAGGGACAAUUUCCUUCAACAUCAUUAUUAUUAUUAGAUUUACCUAAUAUCAAUGAUGUAUUUGGUCAAGGUCGUUUAAAUAUUCAUAAUGAUAAUCAAAUCAUGUAUAAUUAUUUAUGGCAUAAUUGGCAUUUGACAAAAUUUGUUUAAAUCUGCUUUUUCUCUUUGUUUGCUUGAUUCUUCUUUUUUCUUUUCUUAUUUUGUAUAGACCAGUAGUUUUCUCUGUUGAAUAUCAUCUUGGAACAAUUUCGUUUAUUGCAUAUAGUUUCGUUUUUUCUAAUUGACUCAUUCUACUUUAUUAAUUUUCACUGCGUUUAUUUACCCCUGUGAUAUGUAAAUUAAACCCUAUGAAUGUUAUAAUCAUUGCCAUCUAUCUGACCCAUGGUAUAUAUAACAUACCCUUAUAGAAGUACAAACACUGUUAAGCAAUGCUUAUUCCAUGCUAUAAUUGAUAUAAUCCCCAUAAAAAUAGUCUUGAUCGUUCUUCACAUACUUUUCGUUCAAUUUUCUUUAAACCAUAUUUUAAAACAUUACAAAAUGAAUGAUAGUUAAUUUUGAUAUUCAUUUACUACUUCUAAGAACAUUCCUUAUAGUAAUUAUGAAUAACAUAAAUAAUGUUGACAGGUUUUGUUUAUUUAAAAGGGAAAUAAAGAAAGUAUAAAGGAAAGUGACGAAACAAAUGACUAUACAACUUUCUUCUUUUUUUCACUGCAUAAAAUAAAAUGAGUUUUUUAUUUUCUUGGUAAAAUGAAAGAAAAACAACAAGAAACCUGUAAAUUUCUUUAAUCAUUCUAUUAUGAAUGAAUAUAAAUUCAUCUUUCAUAUAUAUAUACAUAGUUACCCAAAUAUAUUUUCAUUCACUCUACCAGUUUUACCAUAAUAUUUACCAGCAAUUUAAAAAAAACAACCAUUGUAAAUGUUAUUCUUUUACUGUAUCAAGUGUUAAAAUCUUUUCUGGGCAAUAAUAAAUACUUACGUCAAUUUAUAGGUAACACAAGUUGUUACCAGGUAUUGGUAUUAUUAUUACUACUAUUAAUGUAUGUAUUGUUUUGGUUUCUGUUUUUUGUUUUGUUUGGUACUAUAAAUAUUUUCUAUCUUCAUUUUUGUACAGUUUAUCAUACUUUCAUUAACUGAUGAUGAUACAUCACCAGUGAAAGGAAGUGAGAGAAUAAAAUUAUUUAAUGAAUGUAUAACUGUGUUCUUUUGUCUUGAAAAAAAACUUUAAUUGUGUUUUUCUUUUUAAAAAAAUUAUUCCACACAAUUUUAUUCAGUUUAUUUUCUAAAAAAAAUGUAUGCUAUAACGUGUUUCAUUAUUAUAGAUAAAUAAAUAAUUCUAUGAAUUUCA